GUUCUGCUGAGCGCGUCCCCGAGCCGAGACGGAACUUUCCCUGCGAUUCGGAAGGCGUUCUGGACAAUUGGGCCGUGGCCCAUGUCGAAAUGUCAGCGACCAGGACGCAGGUUUUCGGAACUCCGCUUCCGGGUUGUUCGGAAGACUGAGAAGCUGGUUCCGGUUUGUUUGUUGUUGCAGUCAGGAAGUUCGACUCCGCUGAGGUUCGGGGACGUUCCGUGCUUCUGCGGGUUCAAACCCAAACUUUCACUUUUCAGUCGAGUCGGGACAUUUUUUUGCCUCUGAACGGACAAAGAGUAGCGAAGAUGCCCGAAGUUGCUCCGAAGUCAAACUCGGUCGGUCGCCAGGCUGAAUUCGGUUUACGCUGUGAUCGUUGUCAUAUUCCGUGACCCCGUGCAACUACACUCUGGUGGGUUCACGCGUGUGGUCGAGCUAGACUUCGACUGUUUCGUUACUGUUUGGUCGAUCAUCGGCGCCGCUGGACUGUGACGGAACUCGGGUCGGUCCGUCUCCCGGGAACCGGACCAGAACCAUGGUCUCUUCCUGGGCCGCUUUUGGACGUCGCCUGAGUCCAACUCCUCCAGGACGGGGUUAAAGAUAUGGUCCCGUCCAAACUCCUGGAUUUCAUCGGAACUUUUUGUCACAUGAAUGUGAUGUGAUUUUUUUUUUUUUUAAAUCGGAACCCGGGAAAGAGUAAAGAACUGUUCCGUGACAUCGAGAACCCGGUUACCUGAAGAACGGGGGCGGGGGGAGGAGGAGGGUUCCGAUUCCCGCCAUGGAGACCUGGGGUGUCGGUUCGACUGAGGACACUCAUGGCACAGCACCGGCGGAUAACGAGCCGAUCCAGGUGACCGUCUGACCGCUGGCCUCUAGUCCAGGAGCCUCCACCACCAUGAACGACCGCCAGGCGCUUCACUCCAUAAUGAAGGACCUGGUGGCGUUGCAGAUGACUCGGCGACAGCCAGUCUUGCCGUACGACUGCAGCAAACCCAAGAUGCCGGCGCCGGUCAGCCGACAGGACAACAUCCGGGUCAAGUUUGAGUUUUCAGGGGAGCGGAGAAUCCUGGCGUUUCCUCGGCCGCUGCAGUUGGAGGAGAUCCAGCAGAAAGUGCUAUCUGUGUUCGGUCAGCAGCUGGAGCUCAACUACAUGAACAAUGAGCUCUCCAUCCCUCUGAGACACCAGGACGAUCUGGACAAGGCUGUGGACCUGCUGGACCGAAGUGCCAGCAUGAAGAGCAUCAGAAUCCUGCUGCUCACUCCCCAGGCCCCUCCCCCGGCACAGCACCCUCCGUGUAGGCAGGUUAGGAUCAAGCCCUCACAGUCGACCGGUGACAUCAGCACGCAGUACCCGCCCUCCGAACCUAGGGGGCGCCACCUGUCGACAGGCUCUCAGAACACGGGCCGCAGCUCGCCGCCUCCCGGCUACGUGCCAGAGCGCCAGCAGAGAAUCGCCCGCCAGGGCUCCUACACCAGCGUCAACAGCGAGGGCGAGUUCAUCCCGGAGACCAGCGACCCGUGUCUGCUGGAUCCCUGGCGGAGCACCGACAACCUCGUCUCUGGGAGCUGCCAGUCGCUGGACGCGGGCUCAGACAGCCCAUCCACGAGGAAGACUCGGAUGCACAGAGUGAAGAGUUUCCCGGACAACCGCCAGGACCUCUCAGACCGGGAAAAUCACGCGAGCAGCCGUUUAGUGGGGAAAGGAGGGACUUAUCCUCGCAGGUAUCACGUCUCCCUGCACCACAAGGACCUCGGUGAAGGGCGGCGAACCUUCCCGAGGAUCCGCCGCCCGCAGGGGAACCUCUUCACGCUGGUGCCGUCGUGCCGCUCGCUGAACGGCAGCGAGGACAGUCUGGGCAGCUGGCAGCUGCUGGACGUGCAGGUACAACUGCGGCCGCAGGACCGACCCGUCGCCCACAAGUCGCCCAGCGCUCCGGUGACCUGGCGGCGGGGGAAGCUUCUGGGCCAGGGGGCCUUCGGACAAGUCUACCUGUGCUACGACGUGGACACCGGCAGGGAGCUGGCUGCGAAACAAGUCCAGUACGACCCAGAGAGCCCCGAGACCAGCAAGGAGGUGAGCGCGCUGGAGUGUGAGAUCCAGCUGCUGAAGAACCUCCGCCACGAGCGCAUUGUUCAGUAUUACGGCUGCCUGCGGGACCGCGGUGAGAGGACCCUCUCCAUCUUCAUGGAGUUCAUGCCGGGGGGCUCAGUCAAGGACCAGCUGAAGGCCUACGGAGCUCUGACGGAAAACGUGACGCGGAAGUACACCAGGCAGAUUCUGCAGGGGAUGACGUACCUGCACAGCAACAUGAUCGUGCACCGGGACAUCAAAGGCGCCAACAUCCUGCGUGAUUCUGAAGGGAACGUCAAGCUUGGAGAUUUCGGAGCCAGCAAGAGGCUACAGACCAUCUGCAUGUCGGGCACCGCCGGGAUCCGCUCGGUGACCGGUACCCCCUACUGGAUGAGCCCGGAGGUGAUCAGCGGAGAGGGCUACGGCAGGAAGGCCGAUGUCUGGAGUCUGGGCUGCACCGUGGUGGAGAUGCUGACAGAAAAACCUCCAUGGGCCGAGUAUGAGGCCAUGGCAGCCAUAUUCAAGAUCGCCACUCAGCCCACCGACCCGCCGCUGCCCACGUGGACUUCCGAGCUGGCGCGGGAUUUCAUCCUCCGCAUCUUCGUGGAGGCCAAACGCCGGCCGAGUGCCGAGGAGCUGCUCAGACACCCCUUCUCCCAAAUCAUGCUUACCACGUGGCUGUUGACCUCACCUGCUGAGUCAUGUUGCUGACUGAGGGCUUCUGCCAGACCCGCUUGUUCCCCUCCUGGCUGAUUUAUCGCCAGGUAUGUAGUUUGACAUCCAGAUGUUGGCGCUAAUUCACCGUUUUACUCUUCGUCUUAUGGUGCCAGACACGACACAAACAAGUCAAUGGCUC